AUGGAGUUUGUAGCAUUAUCAUCACAAAUUCUUUUUGUACUCAUUUCAAUUAUAUUAGCUAUAUGUCUUUGCUUGCUCGUAACACUAAUAUAUUUUUGGUGGAUUUUACCAAACCACAAGCUUGUAAAACUUAAGAAAUGUGGAUUUGAUGGGCCAACCCCAAGUUUUCCAUUUGGAAACAUCAAAGAAAUGAAAAGGAAUUCUUCUUUUUCUUCUUCACUUGAUAUCACUCAUAACAUUCACUCUAUCGUUUCUCCUUAUUAUUAUUCUUGGCAAAAAUCUUAUGGAAAGGUUUUCAUUUAUUGGUUGGGGACAGAGCCGUUUUUAUAUAUUGCAGAUCCUGAAUUCUUGAAGAUAAUGUCUUCAAAGGUUGUGGCUAAGAAAUGGGGAAAACCAAGUGUUUUUAGAAAAGAUAGAGAACCAAUGUUUGGAAAUGGUUUGGUGAUGGCUGAAGGCACUACAUGGGUACAUCAUAGACAUGUUAUAGGCCCAACAUUUACUCCACUUAAUCUUAAGACAAUGGCAAGCAUGAUGGUUGAUGCCACCAAGAAAAUGAUAAAAAGGUGGAAUUCCCAAAUUAACUCCGGCCACCUUGAAAUCGACAUCGAAAGAGAGAUUGUCGCAACUGCCGGAGAGAUUAUAGCAAAAGCAAGCUUUGGAAUGGGAGAUGAAAAUGGAAAAUUAGUCUUUAAUCAACUAAGGACUUUGCAAAUGACCCUUUUUAAGACCAAUGGAUAUGUGGGAGUUCCAUUUGAAAAAUUCUUAAAUUUCAAGAAAACAUUAGAAGCCAAGAAUAUUGGUAAAAAAGUUGACGAGCUCAUGUUAUCCAUCAUAGAAGAUAGGAUGAAUUCAAAUGAUAAGAAACAACAUGAACAAGAUUUGUUGGGUCAUUUGUUGAAAGAAACUCAUGAGAUUGAUGGAAAAUUGAACAAGGCAUUAACAAAAAAGGAGUUAGUUGAUGAGUGCAAGACUUUUUUCUUUGGUGGGUAUGAGACAACAUCACUUUCAAUCACAUGGACUUUGCUACUUCUAGCUUUGCAUCAAGAUUGGCAAAACCAAUUGAGAGAUGAAAUUAAACAAGUGAUUGGUAAUAUUGAAAAACUUGACAUCAACUUACUUGCUGAUUUAAAGAAAAUGAAAUGGGCGAUGAGUGAAGCACUUAGACUUUACCCACCAUCUCCAAAUGUUCAAAGGCAAACUAUGGAGGACAUUCAAGUGGACAAUUUAAAGGUGCCUAGAGGAACCAAUAUUUGGAUUGAUGUUGUAGCAAUGCACCAUGAUGUUACAAUAUGGGGGAAUGAUGCCAAUAAGUUUAAACCAGAGAGGUUUAUGAAUGAUGCAAAUGGGGAAUCCAAGCACAAAAUGGGGUAUUUGCCUUUUGGCUUUGGAGGAAGAUCAUGUGUUGGUAGGAACUUGACUUUCAUGGAGUAUAAGAUAGUAUUAACACUACUUCUCUCUAAGUUUAGGUUUAAAGUCUCCCCUAGUUAUCACCAUUCUCCUACUAUCAUGUUGUCUCUUAGACCCAAUCAUGGACUUCCUCUCAUAGUUCAACCAUUAUAG